CUUUCAGUGUAGUAACUUUGUUUAAACUGCUCGGAGCAGCAGAGUCAAAGAGGUUUAACACAGUCAGUUUGGAAAAAUGAGCGACUCACCUCUUGUGAAUGUGGAGAACUGGAUUGCAGCUAACGAGAAUGCUUUCCUGCCACCAGUGUGCAACAAGCUCAUGCACUUUUCCCAGUUGAACAUCAUGUUUGUCGGAGGUCCCAACACCAGGAAGGAUUAUCAUUUAGAGGAAGGGGAGGAGCUGUUCUACCAGGUGAAGGGGGACAUGUGUCUGAAGGUGAUUGAAAAUGGGAAACACAAGGACGUGCACAUCAAGGAGGGAGAGAUGUUCCUGCUGCCGGCUCGGAUCCCCCACUCCCCCCAGAGACAGGCCAACACUGUGGGACUGGUGGUGGAGAGGAGACGGCUGCUGACCGAGACCGACUGCCUGAGGUACUAUGUGGACAACACCACCAACAUCCUGUACGAGAAAUGGUUUUACUGUCAGAAUCUGGGAACCCAGCUGGUGCCAAUAAUCAAAGAGUUCAUGGCAUCAAAGCAGGCCAAAACAGGAAAGCCUGAUCCAAGUGAGACAUUUCUUAUCCCCCCGUUCCAGCUGAACACCAUGAACGUGAUGUCCCCUUUCUCGUUCAGGGACUGGUUGGACAGGCAGAGGCCGUCCCUGUCCAGUGGCAGUCCCAUCGACAUGUUCGGAGCUCAGUUUGAGACAGAGGUGAUGGUGUUUGGACCCGGGCUGACGGAGACGGCAGUGCGGCAAAGCGACGUGUGGAUCUGGCAAAUGGAGGGGUCCUCCAGAGUUACUGUGAACGAGCAGGAGUUCAGUCUUUCUGCAGGAGACAGUCUACUCGUUCCUGAACAGAGCCAGUACCAGUGGCAGAGAGAUGAGGGGACUGUUGCCCUGUUUGUGGUCCAAAACCCUGAGCGGAAGAGACCCUGAACAUCACAUGCAGAGUCACGCACACAUUACAUAGUAUUCUGUGUAUGCGUGGAGAAGAGCUCAAUAGUACAUACAGGAAGUAUAGUAAAUUAACAGCACUUAUUUUAGUUAAAAGCCUAAUGCUUUGUACCUAUUUUAGUAUUAAUAAACACUAUGAUCUAUUCAAAUUGAAAAAAA